GCAUAUGGAGGAUUAAAGGAACGAGAGGGAUAAGACAGGAGCAUGGGAGCUGGGGCAAGAAAGAAUAUAUAGCACUGUAAUAUACAUACACAGAUAUUUCUAAUUUUGUUUUGAAGUUUCCUGGGAAAUUCCGUCCAAAAGGCAAAAUCAAAGACAAGGAAGGCAGCUGGAUUUUGAUCAAUCCCAGCAACAUUUCCUCUCCAACUCUUCUAUUCUCUGCCAGGCCAGCCAUCAUCAUCAUCAUCAUCAUCAUCUGUGGAAACAAAAGACUUGCCCAAUGCAUCAUAUUGAUGCAUUGCCAUCAUCACAGGCAAUGCGUCCAAUGCCUUUUUAGAAGAAUCUCCAGACAAUUACACACAAGACGGCCGCUCCUCCCAGGAAUUCGGAACCCAUCAUUCUCGUCUGCCUGCCCAGCCCUGUUUCUUGUCGCCCACUCCAAUUGAUCAAGGAAAAAACUCCAUGAUUCUUAACCUCUCCACUUUUCUGAUUUGUUAGAUUGAUUCUGCCGUCUUCCUCUCGAGUGGUAUACUAAUCCCCGUGACAGAAAGUUUGCGUAUUUAUCGUCAUGAUGGCCCAACAAAAACCCAGACCAAGAAAGAGGCUUUAUCAAGUUUGGAAGGGGAACAAUAGAUUCUUCUGUGGAGGAAGAUUAAUCUUUGGACCAGAAGUGGCAUCUUUGCUGGUAUCGACGGCCCUGAUCGCAGUCCCUGCAAUUGCAUUUUGUAUCAAAGUUUACUUCAUUAUUAGACAUCACAUUAAAGAAGGCAAACCCGCCAUUUCUUGGUAUCCCGUGCUUGUCAUAGGAUCACUUCUCACCUUGCUGGAUAUAACUUUUCUCUUCUUAACCUCGAGUAAAGAUCCUGGAAUUGUCCCUAGAAAUUCUUCGCCACCUGAAUCAGUUGAAGCAUAUGAUCUGAACACUCCUUCCAUGGAGUGGGUCAGUGGCAGAACUCCUCAUUUGAAACUGCCCCGAUCAAUGGAUGUGAUCGUGAAUGGGCAUGCAGUUAAGGUCAAAUACUGUGACACUUGCCUACUUUAUCGACCUCCCCGUGCAUCUCACUGCUCCAUCUGCAACAACUGUGUCCAGAGAUUUGAUCAUCACUGUCCUUGGGUUGGUCAAUGCAUUGGACUUCGCAAUUACCGUUUCUUUUACAUGUUUAUAUCAACAUCAACCGUCUUAUGCCUAUAUGUAUUUGGGUUCUCUUGGAUCAACAUUCUGCGAAGAAAAGGCGGUAUCUGGAGGGCUAUUUCACAAGAUAUAUUAUCAGAUUUUCUAAUUGUGUAUUGCUUCAUUGCCCUGUGGUUUGUCGGUGGCCUUUCAGUUUUCCAUUUCUAUCUGAUCAGCACAAACCAGACAACAUACGAGAACUUCAGGUAUAGAUAUGAUAGGAGGGAGAAUCCAUAUAACAAGGGAAUAUUUAGUAAUUUCAAAGAAGUUUUCUUCUCGAAGAUCCCAUCUUCAGUGAUUGAUUUCCAGGGACUAGUUUUGGAGGAUGAGCAUAUGGUGGUAGAGCCUACAAAUUUGGAUGAUGUAGAAGGCGUUACAAGUUCAAAAGAGAAAAUUGAUAUUGAGAUGGGAACUAAGCUUGUAGAAGAGGGUGGCAUCUCAAUUCCUGAAAUUUUGCGAAACUUGAGUUUUGAUCACUUUGAGGAUGAUAUCAGGAGCAAGGAGAGGGAACUCAAUGGUUCUGAUCCUUCAAUAUUUGUUCUUGAGCAAGAGUCAAAAGAUUCUCCAAGGAGAUCCACAAUAAGAGAUGAAAAGGCUGAUCCUGAACCACAUUUGUUUGUUGUCGAACAAGAACUAAAAGACUCUCCCAGGAGCUCCACAACCAAUAAUGGGGUUAAGGGGAAGGACAACGUUGAUGACUUAUCUGGCUUCACUUAAAGCAUGAGUGUAGUAGCUAUUCAAGUAUAAAGCCAAGGUAUUGCGAGCAAAAACUCCUUUGUCAAAUAUCAGUCAGUUGUUUAGACUGGAUAAUUCCUUUCUGUGAGAGCAUCAUUUGUUGCCUUCAGGAGGUUGCAUCAGUUUUGAAAGCUUAAGGAUUAUCUGGAUAUUGAUUGUUGCCAGAUGGUAGCGUUUAAUGUCUUUGAGAUGGCUGCAUGAGGUCCUCAAAUUUCAGACAUUGCCUUUGUGUUAUUUCUAAUGCCUGAUCAGAAUGAUUAAGGGCUUUCAGAUCUUUUAUAAUUAAACUCUUAAAUGCACAGAAACGGAUGACAGGCAUGCAAGCUUGAAUACUGUAGUUAAGUUGCUGACUGACUUUGCAUAUAUUCAUUUUAUCUUCACUGUUCGUUCCAGUUUACCUCUUUUAUCUUUUAUUUCUCCAUUCCUAUGGUUCUGUGAAAGUAAGUUUGACAGAGAUAGUAGAGGAUUACUGGUAUUGAAAUUUUCUAGUCGAAGUUUUUUAUUGGGAAAGAUCCUGUUUAUUCAGGAACAAUCUGCCCAUGGGAGAUGUUGCCUGGAUUUGUAAAGUAUUGACACUUUCCGAGAGACUUUGUUAUUGAAGCAUUGGAAGCUGGAAAUUUCAGCCUCAAAUGCAACCAGUAGCAGGGGAAGAUGUGACUCUAUUGAGAGAAUAUCUGGAUUUUCUAUGGUGAAGGCCAGCCAUCCGAUAAGAGAUCUUACAACAUGAAUUCAAAGGAGCGGAAGGAGGCACGGGUUGUAUUUUACCAUAUGGUAGUUUUUAAAAGAUGAAUCCUAGAAGGACAGUUUAUGACGGUAGAACUCUCCUUUUCAUAAAAAUUACCAGAAAGCGUGGGUUUUUGCAAGUAAAACAUGGGACAGGUUAGUAAUGUCCACGAAACCAUGUUAACGUCGC